AUGGAUACGAGUGAUGCUAGGAACCGUAAAGUCAGUGCAGUGGAAAACCUCGAUGUCGAAAUCCCUGAGACUGCUCAUCAGAUUAGCAGCGAUUCAUGGUUUCAGGUAUCAUUUGUGCUAACAACGGGAAUAAACAGUGCCUAUGUGUUGGGAUAUUCCGGGACAGUGAUGGUUCCUUUGGGUUGGAUUGGUGGUGUGGUUGGUCUCCUUCUUGCUACUGCCAUCUCCCUUUACGCAAACUCUCUCAUCGCCAAGCUUCAUGAGUUUGGUGGCAAAAGACACAUCCGCUAUCGAGAUCUCGCUGGCUUCGUCUAUGGUAGUAAAAAGAUGUACCAUUUUACAUGGGGAUUGCAAUAUGUCAAUCUUUUCAUGAUUAACUGUGGCUUCAUCAUUCUUGCUGGUUCCGCUUUAAAGGCUGUUUACGUACUUUUUAGAGAUGAUAGUGUCAUGAAACUGCCUUACUUUAUAGCCAUUGCUGGUUUUGUAUGCGCGGUUUUCGCUAUUGGGAUUCCUCAUUUAUCAGCUCUUGGAAUCUGGCUCGGAGUUUCAACAGUCCUUAGUUUGAUCUACAUUGUUGUUGCAAUUGUUUUAUCAGCUAAAGAUGGAGUAAACAAACCUUCAAGAGAUUACAAGAUACAAGGAUCAUCAAUAGACAAAAUCUUUACCAUAACAGGAGCAGCAGCAAAUCUUGUUUUCGCAUUCAACACCGGAAUGCUCCCGGAAAUUCAAGCCACAGUGAAACAACCGGUUGUUAAAAACAUGAUGAAGGCUCUGUAUUUUCAAUUCACUGCCGGUGUUUUACCAAUGUACGCCGUUACAUUCAUCGGUUAUUGGGCUUACGGGUCCUCCACAUCGACUUAUCUGUUAAACAGCGUUAGUGGACCUAUCUGGGUCAAAGCCCUCGCUAACAUUUCUGCUUUUCUCCAAUCUGUGAUCUCUUUACAUAUUUUUGCGAGUCCGACUUAUGAGUAUAUGGAUACAAAGUUUGGAAUCAAAGGAAGUCCAUUGGCGUUGAAGAAUCUAUUGUUUAGAACAGUAGCAAGAGGAAGCUACCUCGCUGUGAGUACUCUUCUCUCUGCGCUUUUGCCAUUUCUUGGAGAUUUCAUGAGCCUCACGGGAGCGAUAAGCACUUUCCCUCUCACGUUCAUAUUAGCGAAUCACAUGUACGCUGUAGCUAUGCACGAUAAGCUUAGCACUGCUCAAAAGCUAUGGCAUUGGCUUAAUGUCUGCUUCUUUGGGUUAAUGUCUCUCGCUGCUGCUAUUGCUGCGGUUAGACUUAUCACUGUUGACUCCAAGAACUUCCAUGUUUUUGCUGAUGUUUAA